AAAUGAACUUCCCCGCAUAAUCACACAUAUAAUCAAGCUGGAGUGAUUCUCUCUCUUUCGCAAUUGUAUAACUUGUAUCCAAUCCUUCCACUGUCCACAAUUGCCAUACAAUGUGGUGAGGACGGAGCUUUCCUGCUGCCCGAAGUGGCUCCACAUUUCACGCCAUGGCUUGCAGACUUGCAGACACCAGCUCUCUUCUCAUGAGGCAGAGCGCCCUACAAAGGCCAAAUCAAAACCUUAAAGUUACAACAUUUAAAACAUCAGGGAAAUGUUAUUUAAAGUGGGGGAGUUUACCUAUAAGGAAAAUCACAUAUCAGAGAUGCUGCAAGUUCAUCAUAAAAGCUGUGGCAGCAUCAGUUCCUCUUGCUGCUGAAGAUUCACCUAAGGAUACAGAGAAUGUAGAUUACAGAAAACAAUUAGCUGAGAAUUAUGGUUUUAGGCAAAUUGGAGAAUCACUUCCCGAAAAUGUCACCUUGAAAGACAUUAUCACCAGCCUCCCCAAAAAGGUGUUUGAGAUAGAUGAUGGUAAAGCAUGGAAAUCUGUAUUGAUUUCUGUCACUUCCUAUGCUUUGGGAAUAUUGAUGAUAUCGAAAUCUCCUUGGUAUUUGCUUCCGUUAGCUUGGGCAUGGACAGGAACUGCCAUAACAGGGUUCUUUGUAAUAGGACAUGACUGCGCCCACAAAUCAUUUUCGAAAAACAAACUAGUGGAAGACAUUGUGGGUACUCUGGCGUUUCUGCCUCUGAUAUAUCCUUAUGAGCCUUGGCGUUUUAAGCAUGAUCAACAUCAUGCAAAGACAAACAUGCUAAAUGAAGAUACAGCAUGGCAUCCAGUUUGGGAAGAGAAAAUACGCAAGUCAAUAAUAUACGGUUAUGGUCCAUUUCGGCCUUUGUUGUCCAUUGGUCAUUGGUUGAUUUGGCAUUUCGAUACAAAGAAGUUCAGACAAAAUGAAGUAAAAAGGGUGCAGAUUAGCUUGGCUUGUGUUUUCGCAUUUAUGGCUAUUGGGUGGCCACUGAUUAUCUCCAAGGUCGGAUUUAUUGGAUGGAUCAAGUUCUGGUUAAUGCCAUGGCUGGGUUAUCACUUUUGGAUGAGCACUUUCACAAUGGUCCACCACACUGCUCCACAUAUACCAUUUAAGUUUCAAGACGAGUGGAAUGCAGCUCAAGCGCAGCUCAAUGGGACUGUGCAUUGCGACUACCCUACUUGGAUAGAGAUCCUUUGCCAUGAUAUCAAUGUUCAUAUCCCUCACCAUAUUUCUUCAAGGAUACCAAGUUACAAUUUAAGGGCAGCUCAUCGGUCUCUUAGAGAGAACUGGGGAAAGUAUCUAAACGAGGCUAGUUGGAAUUGGCGACUGAUGAAGACAAUUAUGACAGUUUGUCAUGUUUACAAUAAGGAUCGUAAUUAUGUUCCUUUUGAUGAACUUGUUCCUGAGGAAUCUUACCCAAUAACAUUCUUGAAGAAGGCAAUGCCUGAUUAUUCUUGAUCGCAGAAAGAUAUCUUUUGGAGAGCUGUAUCUUUUUAACACUAUAUGCUGCUGACUGGCAUUCUUUUGACUCAUGUAACAAAAUUGCAUUAUUUAAUGAUUCUAUUGGUUACUGAUUUUACUAUUAAAAGAUGUUUCUUUUUGCUGUGAA